AUGUCGACUCAUCGACAUGAUGCAUCAUCGUCUUCUCAUGUUCAAAUAGCAUUUGAACCGAAUUCAACUCCGCAUCAUUGUGGCUAUUGUAAAACAGAUGGAAGUUGUACAGCAGGGAUUGUCAGUUCAAAGAUGCUCGUUGAUGAUUAUCAAUCAUUGAUGGAUCGCGGUUGGCGAAAAUGUGGCACCUAUUAUUAUAAAUCAUUGAUGGAUAAAACAUGUUGUCCCCUCUAUACUAUACGUUGUGAUGCAAAUAAUUUUGAAUUGUCUCAUUCUCAACGAAAAGUUGUUCAAACGAUGAAUCGCUUUAUUAAUGAAAAUAGGAAACCCAACGAACCUAACAUUACUUCAUCGCAGCUUGAAAAUCCUGUUCAUUCAACAAAACACAAAAAACAAGAAAUCAAAUCAACGAGUACUGAAUCAAAAUUUUCAACUAAUAAACUUGAUAAUAAAAUAAAUGUCAACGAGUGGAUUAAAACACAGCCAAGCACAAAGGCUAUUGAACUAAUUCAUCAUAUGCUAACGAACGAUACACCCCCACCCGAUGAACUUCUUAAACGAUUAGGAUCUCGUCAAAAGCGUUGGUACAGAAAACUGCUUAAAAUUAAAGAACAAAAGAAACUUUCAAUGGAAACUGAUAUUCAUAUAUUAAUCAAACGGUUUGAUAGAAUGAAAAACCAAAAUAUUUCUUCGCUUGAACAACUAUUGCAAUUUAAUGAAAAACCAAAAAACAACUUUGAAUGCCGUUUGGUUCGCUCAUAUCCACCUACUGAAGAAUUUAAAUGUACACUAAAAGAAUCGCAUUCCGUAUAUGAGCGUUAUCAAAUGGCUGUACAUGGAGAUUCACAAUCAGAGUGUUCAUUUUCACAAUUUAAACGGUUUCUUUGUAUUUCAUCAUUAGAAAAAGAAUGCUCGCGAAUUCCAUCAUCAAAAUUUCCUGCAUGUGGCUAUGGAUCGUUUCAUUUACAAUAUUAUCUUAAUAAGAAGAUCAUUGCGUGUAGCGUUAUUGAUAUUCUUCCUGGAGGUGUUUCGUCGGUUUAUUUUUAUUACGAGCCCGAAUUAGGUUUUCUUAAACUUGGAGUUUACUCAGCAUUAAAAGAAAUUGAACUGACAAGACAAUUAGCACGUGAAAUACCUGAUAUAAAGUACUAUUAUCUUGGUUUCUAUGUGCACACAUGUAUAAAAAUGCGUUAUAAAGGUCAAUACAAACCAUCAUUUCUUCUCUGUCCUGAAACAUAUACUUGGCAUCGAAUUGAAAAAUGUGCACAGUUAUUAAACUCUCAUAAAUAUGCUCGAUUUGAAUCCGAUCCAACGAAAGUUGAUGAAGAUGAAGAAAAUAAUAUUGAACAGCUUCAAAUGCGUAUUGGUCGUCAAAUAAUGACACCAUUGAACUUACAAGCGUACAAUGAGGAAUAUUUUUUUCUCGUCUUGGAUUGCUUAAGGAUUUUUGCAAAAUUCGCUGGACGCAUAUGUUCAAGCCGUAUAAUAAUUGACUUAAAUUAA